AUGGCGAAUGUGCACAAGGGCGGGACGUCUUUUAUUUUCCUCCUUUGUGUGUUGGACCUGGCUUUCGGACACAUUUUCUACUCGAUUCCCGAGGAACUGGAGCAUGGAGCCUUUGUCGGGAAUAUCGCGGAGGAUUUAAAACUGCACGUUUGGGAAUUACAAGGUCGUAAUCUUCGGGUGGUGCCCGAUAAUGCAAAGAAAUAUGUGGAGGUAAAUCUGGAAAAAGGGAUUUUAAUUAUUGCCGAGAGAAUUGACAGGGAGCAGGUUUGUCGACAAAGAUCUGCUUGCUCCCUUUUUUUAGAAAUAGCGCUCGACAAUCCGUCGGAAAUGCAUCGCGCUGUCCUUCAAGUAUUAGAUGUAAAUGAUAAUUCACCCAGUUUUGAAAAGAACGAAUUUUCAUUGGAGAUCAGCGAAUUAAUUACACCAGGGUCACGCUUUCCUGUCGAGAGUGCGCAUGAUGCGGACAUGGGCACAAACGCAAUCAACAAUUACUAUAUAAGUCCAAACGAGCACUUCAGCCUCGAAGUCGAGUCAAGAAGUGAUGGGAGUAAAAGCGCUGAAUUGUUGUUAGAGAAGCCACUGGAUCGUGAACUACAGUCUCACUAUGACCUCGUCCUGACGGCCAUCGAUGGAGGGAGUCCUCACAGGUCCGGUACAGCUCGAAUUGUUAUUACAGUACUGGACAGCAACGAUAACGCACCUGUAUUUGAUCAUGAGAUAUAUAGGAGCAGUGUAGCUGAAAACGCGCCUCUGGGUACACUAGUGGUAAAAAUCAACGCUGUUGAUUUAGAUGAAGGGACCAACGCCGAAUUGACAUAUCAUUUCACAAGACACGUUUCCCAAAAAAAUCGCAAACUGUUCAGAUUGGAUUCCGUGACGGGAGAAAUUGUAGUUCAAGGAGUACUGGAUUUUGAAGAAUCACGUGCUUAUGAACUUGAUGUACAAGCAGUGGAUAAAGCUCCUUCAUAUAUGGUAGGACGUGCCAAAGUUCUAGUCGAACUAAUAGAUGUGAAUGAUAACGCACCGGAGUUAGAGGUAACGUCUAUAUCUAGAACAGUCACCGAAGAUGUGCAGAUUGGAACCGUGAUUGCUGUAAUCAAUAUAGCUGAUCUAGAUUCAGGACAAAAUGGUCACAUUUACUGUGAAGUUCCAAUGAAUAUUCCAUUUAAACUUCAGACGGCUUUGAGAGACAGCUAUAAAUUAGUCACAAGUGGUGUUCUUGAUCGCGAAACGACCCCUCUGUACAACAUUACAAUUUCAGCAUGGGACGGAGGCACACCCCCGUUAUCAACGCACAAGAGCAUUUUGGUCUCUGUUUCUGACAUAAACGACCAGGCACCGAAGUUCACACAGUCGUCAUAUAACGUGUAUCUGACGGAGAACAACACUCCUGGUGCUUCUAUAUUUGCAGUUACCGCUUUAGAUUCUGAUAUAGACAAGAAUGGUGACGUGGCAUAUUCUAUUGUGGAAAAUCAUAUACAAAAGGAUCCUGGAUAUGUCACUAUUAAUUCCAAAAAUGGUAAUAUUUACUCGCUUUGCUCCUUUGACUAUGAAGAAUUGAAACAAUUCCAGAUCCAAGUUCAAGCCCGGGAUGGUGGAUCACCCGCGCUGAGCAGCACUGCCGCGGUGAAUGUUAUUAUCUUGGACCAAAAUGACAAUGCGCCGGUUAUUGUCUCACCUCUAAUGUGGAACAGUUCAGCAUUACUGGAGAUUAGACCGCAGUCAGUUCAUCCAGGAUACCUAGUUACCAAGAUAAUCGCCACUGAUGCCGAUUCUGGACAAAAUGCACGGCUUUCCUACCAAGUGUUGGAGGCGACUCAUCCCAGGAUAUUUACUCUGGGUCCCCUGUCCGGAGAACUCCGAGCAACUCAACAUUUUAGGGAUGAAAAUAUCAUCAAUGAAAAGUUGAUCUUUUUGGUAAAAGACAACGGGCAGCCGUGUCUAUCCAGUACUGCCACAAUCUCUUUUACAGUCACAUCCAAUGUUACAGAGAAAUCUUCUGAACGAACCUCUGAAGUUAAAAAUUCUGAUUAUUUUUCGGAUUUAAAUCGCCAUUUAAUUAUCAUUUUGGGAUCAACUUCGUUUGUGUUUCUUACAGUCAUUAUUUUCCUGGUCGUACUGAAGUUUAAGCAAAAGAGUAACAUUGCUGAGGACUACCGCACUCCAGUUUCUUGUUACAGACAGCGAAACUCUAACGAUACCUCUAACGCGAUGCGUGCGGGGAACGAGACUUUAAGCUAUGGUGGUCCUGGUCAGUGCGAAGGAUUUGGCUAUACUGUGUGCUUAACUCCAGAAUCGUCCAAGAGCGAUUUUCUAUUUUUGAAACCUGUCCACCCCACUUUGCCCUUCAACGAAGUGAAUAUCCAGAACAUACAACCCCAGCCCAACGAGACGACAAUUGCAAAACCUGGUUAUUCCAUGUGCAUCAAAGCGCUUUUUAUUUUCCUGUCGUGCGUUUGCCAUCUGGUUUUUGGACAAAUCUGCUACUCAAUUCCCGAGGAGAUGGAGCGUGGGGCCUUUGUUGGGAAUAUCGCCGAGGAUUUAAGGCUAAACAUUUGGGAAUUAUCGACUCGCAGAUUUCGGCUGGUCUCCGACGACAUAAGGCAAUAUAUAGAGGUAAACUUGGAAAAUGGCAAUUUAUUUAUUAAUAAAAAAAUAGACAGAGAACAGUUUUGUAGACAAAACCCCACCUGCUCCUUUGCUUUUCAAAUAGCGCUCAAGGACCCCACGGAAAUGCAUCCUGUCGAAGUCGAGAUUAUAGACGUAAAUGAUAAUUCGCCCAGUUUUGAGAAGAUAGAAUAUUCGUUGCAGAUCAGUGAGUUAAUUGCACCAGGGGCGCGUUUCCCCCUCGAAAGCGCGCACGAUCCCGAUAUGGGCACAAACACAAUCAGCACUUACCAGAUCAGUGCAAAUGGGCAUUUCGCUGUCAAGGUGCAGUCGAUGAGAGAUGGGAGUAAAAGUGCCGAGCUGUUAUUAGAGAAGCCAUUAGAUCGUGAGCGGCAGUCGACAUUUUACCUUACACUGACGGCCAUUGAUGGCGGGGUUCCUCACAGAUCUGGCACAGCACAGAUUAUCAUCACCGUGGUAGACGCAAACGAUAACGCGCCUACUUUCGACCAAGAAAUCUACAGAGCGAAAGUACUAGAAAACGCCGCCAAAGGUACAUUGGUCAUAAAACUUAAAGCUGCUGAUUUGGAUGAAGGCACCAAUGCUGAACUGACGUACUCUUUCACUAAUCAUGUUACUAAAAGGGAUCGCGCGUUGUUCACCUUGCAUCCGAGAACUGGAGAGAUCAGAGUUCAAGGAACAUUGGAUUUUGAAGAAUCGCCUGUUUGCGAUCUUGACAUACAAGCUGUCGAUAACGCUCCGCCUGGAUUUUCUGGACGUUGCAAAGUUGUGGUUGAUAUAAUUGAUAUUAAUGAUAAUGCCCCCGAAUUAGACGUGACUUUGGUGUCAAGUGCGGUGCAAGAAGACACUCCUCCAGGGACUGUGAUAGCACUGAUGAGUGUAACGGAUCUCGACUCCAGUGAAUAUGGCAAAGUUCAGUGCCAGAUUCAAGGGAAUAUUCCGUUUAAACUCGAAAACCCUGUGGUGAACAGUUAUAAGUUGAUUACAGGUGACGUUCUCGAUCGGGAAACGGUGUCACUCUAUAACAUUACCAUUUCAGCCUGGGAUGGAGGCUCGCCCCCUCUAACCACAAGCAAAAUCGUAACAGUUUCGGUAACUGAUAUAAAUGACAACGCACCGAGGUUUACACAAUCCUCAUAUAACGUGUAUCUGAUGGAGAACAACACUCCGGGUACUUCUAUAUUUGCUGUUACGGCGCUAGACAUUGAUUUGGGUAGGAAUGGAGAAGUAUCCUAUUCUAUUCUGGAAGGUCAAGCGCAAGAUCGGUCUGCGCCUGUUUACGUCACGAUUAACUCCAAAACUGGCAACAUAUACCCACUGCGCUCCUUUGAUUAUGAGCAAGUGAAGCAUUUCAAGAUCCAAAUUCAAGCCCAGGAUGGUGGAUCACCACCAUUGAGCAGCACUGCUAGUGUCAAUGUCAUAAUUUUAGAUCAAAAUGAUAAUCCGCCGGUUAUCACUUCUCCUUUGACGUGGAACGAUUCUGCAACGAUGGAGAUUUCGUCUCAGUCCGUAUAUCCAGGUUACUUGGUCACUAAAGUUCUAGCAACAGAUGCCGAUUCCGGCCAAAACGCACGGCUGUCCUACCAAUUUUUAGAGGCUACUGGUCGCAAUUUGUUUACUGUAGGCCUUCUCUCUGGCGAAAUUAGAGCAACACGGCACUUAAACGACAAAGACAUAAUAACAGAAAAACUGGUCAUCUGUGUGAAGGACAAUGGACAGCCGAGCCUCUCCAGUACGGCCACAAUCGUGGUUUCAAUUUUAUCUAAUAUUACCGAGAAACCUUUGGAUGGAACUAACAAACCUUUGCAACCUGAGUACUUUUCUCAUCUGAAUCAUUAUUUGAUUAUCAUUUUUGGAUCAACUUCCUUUCUGUUUCUUAUAACAAUUAUUCUUCUCGUGUCUUUGAAGUUGAAGCAAGGCAGACAUAUUAAUGAAAACUAUAAUUCUACUGCACAUUGUCACGACCGUAGGAAUUCGACAGAUGUCCUUAAUCGGGGAUACGCAACAAACGAGCCAAUUAACUAUACUGUACCUUGUCAGACUGAAGGAUAUCGUUACACAGUGUGUUUAUCACCGGAAUCAUCGAAAAGUGAUUUUUUAUUUCUAAAGCCCUGUCAUCCUACUUUGCCUUUUAACAACCUGGGUUUCGUGCGUAUGAUUGAUCGUAUGGACGCACACAUGAAACCAUUCACGCUUUUCCACAACCAAAUUAUAUUUCCUUUUGACUUAGAAUUGUGGCUGCUUGAUAAUCCUCCGGAAAUACAUCUCGUUGCAGCGGAAAUACUAGAUGUAAAUGAUAAUUCGCCCAGAUUUCCAAAGCCUGAAUUUCUGCUGCAGAUCAGUGAGUCAGUUUCAGUAGGCGCGCUCUUCCCUGUCGCGAGCGCGCAUGACCCGGACGUCGGCACGAAUGCAAUCAACACCUACCAGGUCAGUCCGAACGACCAUUUUGGCCUCAGAGUUCAGACACGGAAUUACGGGACAAAAAGUGCGGAACUGAUAGUGGAGAAACCGUUGGACCGUGAGCAAAGAUCGUCCUUUCAACUUAUACUGUCUGCUAUUGACGGUGGGGUACCGCUGAGAUCUGGAGCUAGCAGGAUUUCGAUCACUGUCCUUGAUAUCAAUGAUAACGCACCCGUAUUCGAUCAUGAAACAUACAAAUGCAGAAUACCAGAAAACUCACCCAAAGGGAUCUUAGUGAUAACAGUCCAUGCUACUGACAUUGAUGAAGGUAAGAAUGGUGAGCUGAAGUAUUACUUCACCAGCCAUGUUUCCCAAAGUGUUCGAGAUUUGUUCAACCCGGACCCAGAAAGUGGCGAGAUUACAGUUCAAGGUAUAUUGGAUUUUGAGGAAUCAAAUGUUUAUGAACUUGAUAUAGAAGCAGUGAACAACGCAGAAGCAGGUAUGGCGGGACGUACGAAAGUUAUGGUUGAGCUAAUAGACGCAAAUGACAAUCCCCCUGCGUUAGACUUGACAUUGGUGUCCAACUCGGUGGCGGAAGAUGCUCCUCCAGGUACAGUCGUAGCAAUGAUCAGUAUUAUAGAUUCAGACUCUGGAGAAUACGGACAAGUAGAAUGUCACAUUCCAGUAGAUCUUCCGUUCAUACUUAAAAGAACAUCGAGAAGCAGCUACAAGUUAGUUACAAGUGAUAUUUUGGAUCGUGAAACCGUCCAGACGUACAGCAUCUCUAUUUCAGCCUGGGACGGAGGAUAUCCCUCUCUGUCAGCAAAUAAAACACUUUCAGUGUCCAUUUAUGAUAUUAAUGAUAAUGCACCGAGAUUCACACAAUCCUCAUAUAGCAUAUAUCUGAUGGAAAACAAUGCUCCAGGUGCUUCUAUAUUCACGGUCACGGCUUUGGAUCCGGAUUUGGGCCCUAACGGAGAGAUUGUCCAUUAUCUUAUGGACACUCGCAUUGAUGGGGGACAGAGAACAUCUUAUGUCUCGGUCAGUUCUAAAUAUGGGAUCAUUUACGCCCUGCGUGCCUUUGAUUAUGAAAAUCUGAAACAUUUUCAGAUCAGAGUUCAAGUCCGGGAUACUGGAUCUCUCAAACAAAGCAGCACCGCAUUUAUAAAUGUUGUUAUCUUGGAUCAAAACGACAAUGCUCCUGUUAUUGUUUCAACUUUAACGUGGAACUGUUCAGCAUCAGCAGAAAUUCUACCACAGUCAGUAUAUCCGGGUUAUUUGGUCACCAAAUUAAUCGCUACUGAUACCGAUUCUAGUCAGAAUUCGCGGUUUUCCUAUCACCUGUUGGGGUUCAAUUAUCCAAACCAUUUUACCGUGGGGCUUCGCUCUGGGGAAAUCAGGACAACGCACCAUUUAAGUGAGGAAGAAAUCAGCGCAACAAAUCUGAUAGUCAUCGUGAAGGAUUAUGGAAAGCCGAGCCUGUCUACGACCGUUACAAUCUCGUUUAACAUUUUAUCGAAUCUUACAGAAGAUUCUACACAAAGAACUGACGGUCAUGGACAGUCGAAAAAAUAUUUUUUCAAACUUAAUCGUUAUUUAAUUAUUAUAUUAGGAUCAACUUCCCUUUUGCUUUUUGUAACCAUAAUUCUUCUGGUCAUUCUGAAGUUCAAUCAAGACACAAAUUAUGUGGAGGAGCGAAUGGAACAGAUAAUCAUGAAUGUGCCCAGAGUAAAAGACAAAGGGAAUUCUAAUGAUCAUAAAGGAAAAUUGAUAUGUACAUUGCUAUACUACAAAUGGUGCAUUGAAUGCGGUGGAGCAUACUGCCCAGAGCAGCUCAUCGUCUGCGGCAGAGCUUGGUGCCCAGAGUGGGUUUGCAUCCUUGUGAAGUACAUGUUUGAGUUCUGUGUGGAUUGGUGGCGAGGAUCCAGUGCAGACUGGAAGAUGCAAGUUGGAGGCAAAGUCCUGGCAGGAUCUGGAAGUCGGGCCCGGAGCCUAGCCUGGAGGAAUACUAUUUGGAAACCAGCGAGUUCAAUCCGGCCGGCGCUCUCUUCCCUCUCGAGAGCGCGUGUUCCGGAUGUAGGUACAAAUACAAUCAACACGUACCAGACCAGUCCAAACGAGCAUUUUGGUAUUAUAGUGCAGACAAGAAGAGAUGGGAAUGAAAGUGCCGCGUUGGUGUUAAAGACGUCUUUGGACCGUGUGCAGCAGUCAAUGUUUACUCUGCUUCAUGCUACUGAUAUCGAUGAGGUAACAUAUUAUUUCAACAAUUACGUUUCCCAAAAUGUCCGCGAGUUAUUAAAAUUGGACUCGGUGACUGGAGAGAUCAGAGUUGAAGACGUUUUGGAAUUUGAAGAAACAUCUGCUUAUGAACUUGAUAUACAAGCCGUGAACACCGCUCCACCUGUAUUGUCAGCUCGUGUGAAUGUUGCGGUCAAUGUCAUUGACACUAACGAUAAUUUCCCUGAGUUGCAAAUAACAAUUCUGUCCAGUAACGUGCGGGAACACGCUCCUUUAUGGACGGCAAUAGCACUGAACAGCGUAACUGUCGCGAUUCUGGUGAAUAUGGGAAGGUUAUAUGACAGAAUCCUUAGAAUAUUCCAUUCAAGAUCGAAUGUCCAUUCACAGAAAGACUUGGACAAGUUCAAGACUUGUGCUGAUAAGAAGCAAGCAGGAUUGCAUAACACAAGCUCCAGGCAGCAACCAUUUCCAACAGGAGAGUAUAAAACCAAAGCAAUGGCAAACAUAUUCGGCAGCAGGGCGUCUUUCAUUUUUCUGCACAGUGUAUUGGACCUCGUUCUGGGGCAAAUUCACUACUCGAUUCCCGAAGAGUUGGAGUAUGGGGCCUUCGUCGGGCAUAUCGCUGAGGAAUUGAGUCUGAACGUUCGGGAAUUGUCGGGCCGCAAAAUUCGACUGGUCUCUGACAGUAGAAAGCAAUACAUGGAGGUAAAUCCGAACAGUGGAAUAUUAUUUGUUAAUGCAAGAAUCGACAGAGAACAGCUUUGCAGUAAAAGCUCUGCCUGCUUCCUUUCUUUUCAAAUAAUGCUCGAAAACCCUUUGGAAAUGCAUCGCGUUUCAGUGGAAAUACUGGACAUAAAUGAUAAUGCACCCAAUUUUUCAAAGGACGAGUAUGUUUUACGGAUCAUUGAAGCCAUUGCACCAGGAUCGCGUUUGCCUCUUGAGAGCGCCCACGAUUCGGACGUAGGCACGAAUGCAAUUAGCGUUUACCAGAUUAGUGUAAACGAACAUUUUGGCCUAAAAUUUCAGACCAGAAAUGAUGCGAGUACAAGUGCCGAACUGUUAUUAGAAAAGCCUUUGGACCGUGAACAACAGUCAACUUUUGACCUUGUGCUUACUGCCGUUGACGGUGGGAUUCCUCACAGAUCCGGCACUGCUCGCAUUCGAAUUUAUAUUAUGGACGUAAAUGAUAACGCGCCGGUGUUUGAUCAUGAAAUAUACAGGACCAAUGUUGAAGAAAACACCCCAAAAGAUACUUUAGUAAUAAAACUCAAUGCUGUUGAUUCGGAUGAAGGCACAAAUGCUGAGCUAACAUAUUCUUUCACUAGUCACGCUUCGCAAAAGGCUCGUGAGGUUUUCAAAUUAGACCCAAUAACCGGAGAAAUCAGAGUUGAAGGAGCACUAGAUUUUGAAGAAUUGGCUAUGUAUGAGCUUGAUGUAGAAGCUGUGGAUAAAGGUCCCUAUCCAAUGGUAGGACAUGCGAAAGUUAUCGUCGGAUUAAUCGAUACGAAUGACAAUGCCCCUGAGAUUGAGGUGACGUCAUUGUCCAGUACAGUACCGGAAGAUGCUGUACCUGGGACCAAGAUAGCUACGAUCAGUGUAAGGGAUGCUGACUCCAAUGAAAACGGACAAACUCAAUGUGAUGUUGAAAUGGAUGUGCCAUUUCAAUUACAGACGACUUUAAGGAACAGCUAUAAUUUGGUCACUAGUAGCGCUUUGGAUCGGGAAACAACCUCAACAUACAAUAUAUCAAUUUCGGCUCGUGACAAAGGAUCUCCGCCUCUAGCCACCAGGAAGGUUUUAACUGUGUCAGUUUCUGAUGUAAACGACAAUGCGCCAAGAUUUACACAAUCCACGUACAACGUGUUUGUAAUGGAAAACAAUAGUCCUGGCGCUUCUAUGUUUGCUGUCACUGCUUCGGAUCCUGAUUUGGAUCAGAAUGGAGAAGUGUCCUAUACCAUCUUGGAAAAGCAAGUAAAACAUGGAUCUGCCUCUCCUUAUAUUACGAUUAACUCGAAGAGUGGAAAUAUUAAUGCUAUACUUCCAUUUGACUAUGAAAAGCUGAAGAACUUUCAGUUCAAAGUUCAAGGUCGGGAUGGUGGAACACCCCCCUUGAGCAGUACUGCCAUUGUGGAUGUUAUUAUUCUGGAUCAAAAUGACAAUGCUCCACUUAUCAUUUCGCCUUCAGCGUGGAAUGUUUCGUCAGCUGUGAAGAUUCUGUGUCAAUCGCUAUAUCCGGGGAAUUUGGUCACCAAGGUAAUCGCAACCGAUGCGGAUUCAGGGCAGAACAUGCGGCUUUCCUUCAAAAUUCUUGAAGCCACUGAUCCCAGUCUCCUCAGUGUCGGCCUUCUCACUGGAGAAAUAAAAGCAGUCCGACGUUUUCAGAACUACGACUCCACAGUACAAAGAGUAGUUAUCUUGGUGCAGGAUAAUGGACAGCCCAGUCUCUCCAGCACGUCUACAAUCUACUUUUUAAUCAUACCCAAUGACACAGAAAAACUCGCUGUGCAUAGUCACCAAGCCAGAAAUCCAGAACAUUUUUCGAAUCUGAAUGUUUAUUUAAUCAUCUUGUUUGCUUCCACAUCCUUUAUGUUUCUUGUAAUCAUAAUUUUCCUGGUGGUACUGAGGUGCAAACAAGCCAGGAAUUCAAAUUAUUAUGAGUCCACAAAUUAUUGUUGCUGUAGGCGUAGGGAGUCGAAUGCUGCUUUUAAUCGGAGAGCUGUCCCGAAAGAAUUGAUUAGUUAUCCUGGUGGGCUUCAGACACUCCCCAUUUCUGAAGUGAAUCAGUACACUGUCUGUUUAUCUCCAGCAUCGUCCAAAAGUGAUUUCUUAUUUUUGAAGCCUUGCGAAGUAACUUUACCUCUUAAUGAUUUUAAUGUUCAUGGCAGCGUUGUAGUAAAGUUUUAUCCGAGUAUAACAGUUGGUGGUGAAGAUAACGUUAGGAAUAUGUGCGCUGCUAAAGGUGCUUUAACGAAUUUCCACAAUGGGCCUAAUAAAUGGUACAAACUGCUGCUGUGGAUCAGCUGUGUAGAGGGAGUGAACGUUUCUGAAUGUGAUACCAAUCACACGGGCUACUUUGAUCUGGAUAUUCUCAAAGUCCUGGUGUUUUGUUGGAGCUGCAUUCAUCCAGAUCUGGAGCUUCAGAUCUCUAAUUAUAUUGUUGACUCAGUUAUAUGGCAUGGAUGUAUUGUCCGGGAGUAUUCAGGAAGUAGAAUUGGUGCUAAAAUGAUCGACUCAGAGUCUACACUCAGGUGGAUGCUCAUGGAACACAUCAAUAUGACAAUGGCGAUUAUGAUGCUGAGCCGGAUGGCCAUCAUUUUUUUGCUCUCUAUUUCUAACCUGGUUUCCGAACAACUUCGCUACUCGAUUCCUGAGGAAAUGGAACGUGGAGCCUUUGUUGGCAAUGUCGCUGAAGAUCUAGGAUUAAAGGUUUGGGAAUUACCGACUCGCAAAUUUCUGCUGCUUUCUGAUUACUCGAAGCAAUACAUGGAGGUAAAUGUAGAAAAUGGCUUCUUGUUUGUUAAUGAAAGAAUCGACAGAGAACAGCUUUGCCCCAAAUCCGCUGCAUGUUCUUUAUCUUUCCAAAUCACGCUCGAUGAUUCAAUGGAAAUGUAUGCCGUUGAAGUGGAGAUACUAGACGUAAAUGAUAAUUCGCCUGUCUUUUCGAAGAAGGAAUUUUAUUUGCAAAUCAAUGAGUUAAAUGCGCCGGGAGCACGUUUCCUUCUCGAGAGCGCGCGUGAUCUGGAUGUGGGCACCAACACAAUCAACACAUAUCAGAUCAGUCCGAAUGAGCACUUCGGUAUUAAAGUGCAGACAAGAACAGGGGGGAGUAAAAGUGCCGAGCUGGUAUUAAAGAAGGAUUUAGACCGUGAACAACAUUCAAUACUUACUCUUGUAUUGACGGCCAUCGACGGUGGGAUUCCGCGCAGAUCUGGCACAGCGCGGAUCAUCAUUAAUGUCAUGGACGCAAAUGAUAACGCACCUGUAUUCGAUCAUGAAACCUACAGGGCGUCUGCGCUAGAAAACAUCGCGAAUGGUUCCUUGGUGCUAAGAGUUCAUGCUACUGACAUAGACGAAGGGACAAACGCUGAGGUAACAUAUUCCUUCACCCAUCACGUUACCCAAAAUAUUCGAGAGUUGUUCAAAUUGGACCCUGUGACUGGAGAGAUCAGAGUUCGAGGAGUGCUGGAUUUUGAAGAAACAAAUGUUUAUGAAUUUGACGUCCAAGCGGUGAAUUCCGCUCCACCUGAAUUGUCAGCCCAUGCAAAUGUUGUCAUCGAUGUAGUUGACACGAACGAUAAUAGCCCUGAGUUGCAAAUAACAAUACUAUCCAGUGCUGUACGGGAAGAUGCUUCUUCGGGGAUUGGUAUAGCUCUGAUCAGCGUAACGGAUCGCGAUUCUGGCGAAUAUGGUGAAGUUCAGUGUCAGAUUCCAGAGAGCAUUCCGUUCAAGAUCCAAAAAUAUCUGAAGGGCAACUACAAGUUGGUAACCAAUGGCAUUCUAGAUCAUGAAAUAUCUCCACUAUACAACAUCUCCGUUUCAGCCUGGGACGGUGGAUUUCCUCCUCUUUCAGUAAGUAAGUUCGUUGUGGUCUCAGUAAUUGAUGUCAAUGAUAAUGCACCAAAAUUUACACAAUCGUCAUAUAACGUGUAUCUGACGGAGAACAAUACACCCGGUGCUUCUAUAUUUGCUGUGAGUGCAACGGAUGCUGAUUUGAAUCAGAAUGCGGAAGUCUCUUAUUCUAUUAUCGAUAACCAACAGCAAGAAAUGCCUUCUUCUGCGUACAUCACAAUUAACUCCAAAAAUGGUAACAUUUACGCGCUGCACUCCUUCGACUAUGAGCAACAGAAACAUUUCCAGGUGAAAGUUCAAGCUCAGGAUGCUGGAUCGCCUCCACUGAGAAGCACUGCUUUUGUAAACGUCAUUAUCUUGGAUCAAAAUGACAAUGCACCCAUUAUUGUUUCACCUUUAACAUGGAACACAUCAGCUACAGUAGAGAUUCUGCCGAAGUCAACAUAUCCAGGGUACCUUGUCUGCAAGGUACUUGCCUCUGACGAGGAUUCUGGCCAGAACGCCAGGCUUUCAUACCAGCUCUUGGAUGCCACUGAUCCUGGCCUUUUUACUGUCGGAUAUCUCACUGGAGAAAUCAGAACAACGCGAACAUUUAGCGAUCAAGAUACCAAAACAGAAAGAUUAGUCCUCUGUGUGAAGGAUAAUGGGGAGCCAAGUCUUUCCACAACAGUCACAAUCUCCUUUCCCGUAAUUAUCAAUGUUACUGAGAAAUCGUUUGAACAAAUUGAACAACCAAGUCGCUGGGACUAUUUUUCAGAUAUAAAUAGUUAUUUAAUCAUUACUUUAGGAUGCAUUUCCUUUUUAUUUCUCAUACUCAUCAUUUGUUUACUCAUCCUGAAAUAUAGGCAAGAAAGCAAUAUUGCUGCAAACUAUAGCUCCACAGUUUGUUGUUUUAGUUGUAGGAAUUCGGAUGGUGGCGUGAUUCGAAGACCAACAGGACGCGAUCCUUCGAGUUAUAGCGGGGCCGUUCAGACUGAAAGUUAUCAUUAUAGUGUGUGUUUGUCACCAGAAUCAUCGAAGAGUGAAUUUCUCUUUUUGAAACCCUGUCAUCCUACGUUGCCUUUCAAUGAAGUGAGUGAUCAUGACAACGUGAAGGUCAGCAUUUAUUGCUCAUCUCCAAUUACGCUUGAGAAGGCUGUUCUGAGCUACGUUUGUGAAUUGCUGAAAUUAUUUCGAUGUAGGUCGCCCUGUGGUGAAUUGAAGACCGCAAUGGCGAACAUAUUCGGUAGCGGAGCGUCUUUCAUUUUUCUGCACAGUGUAUUGGACCUCGUUUUGGGGCAAAUUCGCUAUUCGAUUCCCGAAGAGUUGGAGUAUGGGGCCUUUGUCGGGAAUAUCGCUGAGGAUUUGAGUCUGAACGUUCGGGAAUUGUCGGGCCGCAAAUUUCGACUGGUCUCUGACAGCAGAAAUCAAUACAUGGAGGUAAAUUUGAAAAAUGGAUUUUUAUUUGUUAAUGCAAGAAUCGACAGAGAACAGCUUUGCAGAAAAAACUCUGCCUGCUUCCUUUCUUUUCAAAUAAUGCUCGAAAACCCUUUGGAAAUGCAUCGCGUUUCAGUGGAAAUACUGGACAUAAAUGAUAAUGCACCUAGUUUUUCAAAGGACGAAUAUGAUUUACGGCUUAGUGAGGCGACCGCACCAGGAACGCAAUUUCCUCUUGAGAGCGCCCACGAUUCGGAUGUAGGCACUAAUGCAAUUAGCGGUUACCAGAUUAGCGUAAACGAACAUUUUGGCCUCACAUUUCAGACCAGAAAUGAUGCGAGUACAAGUGCCGAACUGUUAUUAGAAAAGCCUUUGGACCGUGAACAACAGUCAACUUUUGACCUUGUGCUUACUGCCGUUGACGGUGGGAUUCCUCACAAAUCCGGCACUGCUCGGAUUCGAAUUUAUAUUAUGGACGUGAAUGAUAACGCGCCGGUGUUUGAUCAGGAAAUAUACAGGGCCAAUGUUGAAGAAAACACCCUAAAAGGUACUUUAGUAAUAAAACUCAAUGCUGUUGAUUCGGAUGAAGGCACAAAUGCUGAUGUAACAUAUUCUUUCACUCGUCACGCUUCGCAAAAGGCUCGUGAGGUUUUCAAAUUAGACCCGACAACCGGAGAAAUCAGAGUUGAAGGAGCACUAGAUUUUGAAGAAUUGGCUGUGUAUGAGAUUGAUGUAGAAGCUGUGGAUAAAGGUCCCUAUCCAAUGGUAGGACGUGCUAAAGUUAUCGUCGGAUUAAUCGAUACGAAUGACAAUGCCCCUGAGAUUGAGGUGACGUCAUUAUCCAGUACAGUACCGGAAGAUGCUGUACCUGGGACCAGGAUAGCUACGAUCAGUGUAAGGGAUGCUGACUCCAAUGAAAAUGGACAAAUUCAGUGUGAUGUUGAAAUGGAUGUACCAUUUCAACUACAGACGGCUUUAUGGAACAGCUAUAAUUUGGUCACCAUUAGUGCUUUGGAUCGGGAAACAACCUCAACAUAUAAUAUAUCAAUGUCGGCUCGUGACAAAGGAUCUCCGCCUCUAGCCACCAGGAAGGUUCUAAUUGUGUCAGUUUCUGACGUAAACGACAAUGCGCCAAGAUUUACGCAAUCCACAUAUAACGUGUUUGUAAUGGAAAACAAUAGUCCCGGCGCUUCUAUGUUUGCUGUCACUGCUUCGGAUCCUGAUUUGGAUCAGAAUGGAGAAGUGUCCUAUACCAUCUUGGAAAAGCAAAUAAAACAUGGAUCUGCCUCUCCUUAUAUUACGAUUAACUCGAAGAGUGGAAAUAUUAAUGCUAUACUUCCAUUUGACUAUGAAAAGCUGAAGAGCUUUCAGUUCAAAGUUCAAGGUCGGGAUGGUGGAACACCCCCCUUGAGCAGUACUGCCAUUGUGGAUGUUAUUAUUCUGGAUCAAAAUGACAAUGCUCCACUUAUCAUUUCGCCUUCAGCGUGGAAUGUUUUGUCAGCUGUGAAGAUUCUGUGUCCAUCGCUCUAUCCGGGGAAUUUAGUCACCAAGGUAAUCGCAACCGAUGCGGAUUCAGGGCAGAACAUGCGGCUUUCCUUCAAAAUUCUUGAAGCCACUGAUCCCAGUCUCCUCAGUGUCGGCCUUCUCACUGGAGAAAUAAAAGCAGUCCGACGUUUUCAGAACUACGACUCCACAGUACAAAGAUUAGUUAUCUUGGUGCAGGAUAAUGGACAGCCCAGUCUCUCCAGCACGUCUACAAUCUACUUUUCAAUCAUACCCAAUGACACAGAAAAGCUCACUGUGCAUAGUCACCAAGCCAGAAAUCCAGAACAUUUUUCGCAUCUGAAUGUUUAUUUAAUCAUCUUGUUUGGUUCCACAUCCUUUAUGUUUCUUGUAAUCAUAAUUUUCCUGGUGGUACUGAGGUGCAAACAAGCCAGGAAUUCAAAUUAUUAUGAGUCCACAAAUUAUUGUUGCUGUAGGCGGAGGGAGUCGAAUGCUGCUUUUAAUCGGAGAGCUGUCCCGAAAGAAUUGAUUAGUUAUCCUGGUGGACUUCAGACACUCCCCGUUUCUGAAGGGAAUCAGUACACUGUCUGUUUAUCUCCAGCAUCGUCCAAAAGUGAUUUCUUAUUCUUGAAGCCUUGCGAAGUAACUUUACCUCUUAAUGAUUUGAAUGUUCGUGGCAGCAGUGUAGGAAAAUAAUAAUUUUCAACUGGAAAUAUUUCGUAACGAUUUGUUGUUGACUGGAUUUUACCAAUCGUUCAUUACAUUUAAUCCACGUAUCCAUAUUACCAUGGCUCAAAUUUGUACAGAUAUUAAUCAUGAUGCCUGUUUGGUUGAUACGAAUGUUGUGAAUGGCUUCAGAAGAGCAUGUUGUAUUGAAGCUAGAGUACAAAGCUCACUACUGUAAUUACUGAUUGUCAUUUUUUUGUCAAAUCUAAAUAUUUGGAGUCGAUAUUCCCGUUUUCACUUGACAUGUAGCCGAUGACGUCUCUAAAAUCUUUCUGUUCAUUAUUUUCCCUUAAAAUUAGAUUUUAGUUAAGAUUUUCUGCAGCAGUUAGACAUUUUUAAAUAAGCAGCUCUUGCAUAAUAUCGUCAGAUUUUAUUCCCUUAUAACGUACAUUGACAUUAAAAGGAAUAAAUUUAGCUGAAAACAAAGAUCAGAUAAAUGUUAUUUUGUUUAUCAUUUCGACUAUUACAUAAAGUUCUGGUCAUUUUGGCAAGUGAAUUUUUAAAACAAGGCAUUUUCAGAUCAGGUAAUCAUGAAAUAUGAGAAUUUUUUAAUCUACAAAGAUUGGCUUUUCAUUCAAAAUUUUGUUGAAGCAUAAAAUUCUUUAUGUGGACAUUGUGAAGGAAGAUAUUUUAAAAUAUUCCAAUGGUACUUCAGUUUAGGAAAGAAGUGCCGUGACCUUGGCAAUACUGGAUCAGCAGGUUUAAUCAAUUGUAAACAUUAAUGUCGAAAAUCUAUUCGUGAACAGUAAUAGAUUAGAAAUUAAUGCUGUAAAAUCUAGUUCAAAACCAUACAUUUCCAAUUGUAAACCUGGUCAAAGAAAUCUGUUCAAUCAUAGUCUCCAAAUUGGGACUAACUAUCCUGAACAAUGGCAAUCCAACUGCAAAAUUUGUAAAUGCUCGUUCUUGCUGGAAAUCAAAUUUAUUGUCAUUUAGGUAGUUGUACCUUGGCAUUUUGGAGAUGCAGCUGUUCAAAGGAGUGUUUUGUCCCAUUAUCAAUAAAUCUGA